AUGACCAUAGAAGACAUUUACAAUCUAGGUCUAGAGGAAGACACCGCGGACCCAAAUGGCAUCAAGGGCGAGAUGAAAUUGUUACAUUUGAAUGAAUCACCUGGUGUACAAGAGGUUAAUCACAUGGGCAGAGUCAAAAAUAGUUACGCAACAACAAAACCCAUUCAGGACUCUCACGCACAUGGUAAAUAUCUUAUCAAGCAACCCCAGUUCAUCAAUGACAAUCGCCCCGCACAGAAUUUCGAUGAACGUUACGAUUUACGCUAUGACAACGACCGCGACAAACGAUUCAACGGACGGCACAGCAACUUCCACGACAAUCGUUUUGAUCAAAGCUACGAUAAUUGUCACUAUAACCGCAACCGUUUCGAUAAUCGCAACGAUAACUACUACGACGAUCGAUACAACAAUAGCGGGUAA